GUGGUGGAGGAGGAGGAGGAGGAGGAGGAGGGGGAGGCGCCGCCUUCCCCGCGCCGCGCGCCCUCGCCGUUGUCUGCGCUCCGCUCUGGACCAGUUUGGGGAAGUUGCCCGAGCCCCGUGUCGCCCAGAUGUGCGACCUCAUUGAGCCGCAGCCGCCCGAGAAGAUCGGCAAGAUGAAGAAGUUGCGGAGAACUUUGUCGGACAGUUUCAGCCGCAUCGCUUUGAAGAAAGACGACACCACCUUUGAUGAGAUAUGUGUCACAAAGAUGUCUACACGGAACUGCCCGGGAAUGGACUCAGUGAUCAAACCCCUGGACACAAUUCCUGAGGAUAAAAAAGUCAGGGUUCAGAGGACACAGAGCACUUUUGACCCAUUUGAGAAACCAACUAAUCAAGUAAAGAGGGUGCAUUCUGAGAACAAUGCUUGCAUUAACUUUAAGACCUCCUCCACCGGCAAAGAGUCUCCUAAAGUUCGGCGGCACUCCAGCCCCAGUUCGCCAACAAGUCCCAAAUUUGGAAAAGCUGACUCAUAUGAAAAACUGGAAAAACUAGGGGAAGGAUCUUAUGCUACAGUGUACAAAGGGAAAAGCAAGGUAAAUGGGAAGUUGGUAGCCCUGAAGGUGAUCAGGCUGCAAGAAGAAGAAGGUACACCUUUUACAGCUAUCAGGGAAGCUUCUCUGUUAAAAGGACUAAAACAUGCUAACAUAGUGCUGCUUCAUGACAUCAUCCACACCAAGGAGACACUGACACUUGUGUUUGAAUAUGUGCACACUGAUUUAUGUCAGUACAUGGACAAGCACCCUGGGGGGCUGCAUCCAGAUAAUGUGAAGUUGUUUUUAUUUCAGUUGCUGCGAGGGCUGUCUUACAUCCACCAGCGUUAUAUUUUGCACAGAGACCUGAAACCACAGAACCUUCUGAUCAGUGACACGGGGGAGUUAAAGCUGGCAGAUUUCGGUCUUGCAAGAGCAAAAUCCGUCCCUAGCCACACAUACUCCAAUGAGGUGGUUACCUUGUGGUACAGACCUCCAGAUGUCCUCCUGGGCUCGACAGAAUAUUCCACCUGCCUUGACAUGUGGGGAGUCGGCUGCAUCUUUGUUGAAAUGAUCCAAGGAGUUGCUGCUUUUCCAGGAAUGAAAGACAUUCAAGAUCAACUUGAACGAAUAUUUCUGGUUCUUGGAACGCCAAAUGAGGACACGUGGCCUGGAGUCCAUUCUUUACCACAUUUUAAGCCAGAACGCUUUACCCUGUACAGCUCUAAAAACCUUAGACAAGCAUGGAAUAAGCUCAGCUAUGUGAAUCACGCAGAGGAUCUGGCUUCCAAGCUCCUACAGUGUUCCCCAAAGAACAGACUAUCAGCACAGGCCGCCUUGAGCCACGAGUAUUUUAGUGACCUGCCGCCACGGCUAUGGGAACUGACUGAUAUGUCUUCUAUUUUUACCGUCCCAAAUGUAAGAUUGCAACCAGAAGCCGGAGAAAGCGUGCGGGCCUUUGGGAAAAACAAUAGUUAUGGCAAAAGUCUAUCAAAUAGCAAGCACUGAUGCGCACAGCAUUCUCAAGAGAGCACAGGAUUAAGUUGUCAUCAUUCUGGGAAGAAAAAACAUUAAUGAAGUGGCCAAUAACAGAAGGGAAUCAUGGAUCAGUUUCCUUUCACUCCCUGUGGUGGAUUUCACUUACAAGAAAAUUGAAGCUGGCAAGACCCUGUUUUCUCUGCAAUUUAUUUAAAACCUUGCACGCAUUUGGAUACCUUGUGAUUUCCAAGAACUAUGUGAAGAUUAAGUUUUGCUUACUGAUACAUGGCAUGUAUUCUUUUCAGUCUUUUGUGUUUGAUUUUGUUUGAUUUCCCUCUGCAUCACGGCGUCUUUGUAAAGGUUUUUAUGCUUUCACCAGCCAUGUCUUAAAUACAUUAAGACAACACACUCGGUGUUCACACUUCUUCAGUAAUGUCUGUACUUGAAAGCCACAUAGUGGCAUAAAACAAUGUGUGUUUUCUUUGAGAGCAGUGCACAUUUUGCAACCACCAGGAAGGAAAAUUAUAGCUAAAACAAACCCAUGUUCUCUGACUGACUUGACAACUUGGUCCCUUGCCACGGGCCCCCCACUUGUCUCUUCCCUUUUGAGGACAUUUGCAAAUGUGGGGGUUUUUUUGGAAAUAACUGCACACUUAUAUAGGAUAUUGGAAUCUGCUUAGCAUUUUCAAGCCACGUGGCAUGACUGUUCUCCGAGCAGGUUGGAAAUGAAGAACUAAAUAUGAAGCAUUAAGAACAAAGACAGGGAUAAAUCACUUACUUUUAAACCUCUAGAAAUUGAGGUCGCUUUUUACAUUUUUUCUGGGUCUUGUCAACAUCUUAUUUUUUUCCAUCCACUUUGUUAUGCUUUGUGAGUGUUUUCUAAAUGGUGAAGAGUAAGAAACAGAAUGUUUAAAGCAUGGGUGCAAAAGAAUUGUAUCUGCUAGAUGAGCCCUGAAUUAUGUCUUUACUAGUCAGCAUUUAAAAAGCAAAUUACAGAGUUAUCCAGAGUUUGAAAUUUGCUCAUUUACACCAAAGCACCUUUGAACUACACUUUUUUUUUAAACAUUCCAGGCUAAUUGCAAGGCAUCAUUGGGUACUCUAAAUAACUUUAAGCAGUCUCCAGGAAUAACUGUUCGGAUGUAGGUUUUAGAAACAAGGCAGGAGUCUUGCUUUAAAGACGGAAAAA